AUGUCUCAAAAUAAUACACAAGGCUCACCAUCAACAUUUAAAAGACAUCUAGCUAGUCACAGUACACUUGGUGAUGAUGUUAGAUACGUCAACAAUAAAAGACAACGAAAAAAUAGCCAAGGAAAUGCUGAAGAAAUUCAUGAUCAUGACGAACGUAUCGUAGAAUGGACUGAAUCGAAUAAGCAUCAUGUGAAUGAAUUUCUCGAAGCUCCAAAAUUACUUAUUUGUUCUAAAUGUAACUCCCCGGGACACAUGAAAAAGCAAUGUCAACUUAAUUAUGAUCGAUGUCUUCGUUGUGGAUGUGACUGGAAAACCGGUGAUCAUUCCGAAUGUUCGAUUAAAUGUCAUCAUUGUAGUGGUGAACAUUUAUCUACGGACUAUAAAUGUCCAGCUCUAGCUGAUUAUCGAUGUGAACUCGUAAAAGAACUAAAACGUCAUCCUGAACGUUUGCCCGAACAUGUACAACUAUUUAUACCAGCUCAGUGUGGAGAUAGGAAUGACCAUUCACCUGUUAUUACAAAUUACCAAAAAAAUGAACAAAAAAUUAGAUCAACAGUUAAUGCAACAUUUGGUAUUAAUGCCCACUCUUGA